UGCUUUAUUCUUCUUACAUUUUAAGAUUCAAUGCUUAAGUAGCAAUGCACAGUACCAUCAAAAUGAUAUAGGUUUAUUUGUUCAUAAACAUGCUUUGGCUGAUGAAGAUAAAUAUCUUGUUCUUACAAAUGUAUGGGUACCACCGCCAAAUUAUAGUUUUCCGAUAACUGAUAAAAACAAAAACCGUGGUCUAAGAUUUCAAUACAAAUGGCUGACUGAGUUUGAAUGGCUACAAAAUCUCGUGGUAUAAAUAAUCAGCCGUUAGGUCAACUUGCUGUUAGGGCCUUAGAUGAAUGGAAAAAUGCCAAGCAGAUUUUACGUGAACAUUCUAAAAAGCUUUAUCAUGAACAUUGUGUCGUGGACUCUAACCAUUUUCUUAGUGUUUAUUCUAAACAAAAAUUAUCAAUCAUUAAUCAGUUAGAUUUAGAAAGAGCUGAACAAAUCAAAUCAAAUAGAAAAAAGCUUAUUUCAAUUAUUAAUUGUGUGAUCUUGUGUGGUCGUCAAGAAAUAACUUUGCGAUGCCACAGGGAUUCUGGAAACAGCAACAACCAAUCAACCAAUGUAGAUAAUUUUAGAGCUAUACUUAACUAUCGGAGUGAAGGUGAUGAUUAUUUAAAACAUCAUUUAGAAGAACAAGGAAGAAAUAAAUACAUCACACCUCAAGUUAAAAAUGAAAUAAUUUCAGCAUGUGGAGAAAUAAUUUUAAAAGAAAUAGUAAAUGAAGUAAAUAACUCUCGUUGUUUUACCGUGUUGGCUGAUGAAACCACUGACAUAGCAGUUAUCGAACAGUUAGCAUUAUGUGUGAGAUAUGUUGAUUCAAAAUAUAAUAUUAAAGAAAAUUUUCUAAAAUUUAUACCUGUAAAUAGCCUAACUGGGAAAAAUCUAGUGGAGUCUAUUUUAAGUGGAUUAACUGAAUGUGGAAUAAACUGCAAUUUCCUUUAUGGCCAAGGAUAUGAUGGUGCUAAAAACAUGUCAGGCCAGUUCAAUGGUGCUCAAACACACAUUAGAACUACUUUCCCUAAAGCGAUAUAUGUACAUUGUGCAGCCCACUUAUUGAACUUGGCUGUAUCUACUGCAUGUAACAUACAACCCAUUAGAAACUGUUUGGGUAUUAUAGAGAAAUUACAUAUUUUCUUCAAUACUCCUAAACUUCAUAAUGUAUUAUUAUCUUGUAUUGAAAAUAGCAAUACUGAUAUAAAAAUAAAAAGCCUUAAAAAGACUAUGUGCUACAAGAUGGGUACAGCGUUAUGAUGCUGUACAUGAUUUUGUGGAAUUAUUUGAUUUUGUAUUAGAAGCUUUAGAAUUAAUUUCAGAUUGGAAAGAUUCAUCAGGAACUGCUAUAGAAGCCAAUAUGCUUAUAAAAUCAAUUGAUUCAGAGUUAUUAAAUUGUAUCAGUUUAUGUUGUUGCUACUGUUUUCAUAUGGUUUGCUUCUAUGCAAGCAGUUGCAAAGAGAGCGAAUUGAUUUAAAAGAAGCAGUCAAUCUCACAGAAGAUAUAGUAACAGAGCUAAAGCUAAUUAGAAGUAAUUGUGAUUGUAAAUUUAAAAAAACAUUUAGUCAAGCAAAGGACAUGUCUGCUAAACUAGACAUUGAAUUAACACACAAAAGAAUCAUUAAAAAACAAAAAAAACCGUGCUAAUCCUAUAACAGAUGGAGAGUU